UAACUGCAGUGUGUGUCGUGUACAAAUUCCGAAAGUCCAUAAAUAAUUGGGUUGUGUAAUUUUAAGGAAGAGAAUUUUAACUAAAAUUUUAUUUAAAAAAAAUUAACAGAUUUAAGCUAAAAUCGAAUAAAAUCGAAACGCAUUCCGGCGUGCUGCAUUUCCGAACCGUCCUGCCUGUUUACUACACUGCCCACAAAGAACCAUACAUAAAUAAUGGUGGCCAUUCACUCCACGUCCACUGAAAUUCGCUGCCAGGAGAAAUCGCGCGGCGGUCUCAGCUAUGAAGUAAUCCUAGCCGAACCAGCACCGAAUGUAGUGGUGCCCAAGCGUCCAGUGACACCUGGUAAAAAUGUCUCUGCCGAGGAGAUCGAGCAAAAGCUGAAAGCAGCUGAAGAGCGACGCAUUUCUUUGGAGCAAAAGAAAAUGGCCGAUUUAUCCUACAAAUUAUCGAAAAUCGAAGAAGCCACACGUAAAAAGGAUGAAAUCACCAAUGAGUUCAUCAAUCAGACUAAGGAAAAGUUAGAAACCAAAAUCGAACAACAUGUUGAGAAGCGUGAAGCCAUCAUUAGUGACAUGAAAGAGAAAUUGAAGAUUCACUCACAAGAAAUUGAGAAGACACGCGAACAAUUGGAACAACAAAAAUCGAUUGAAAAAGUUGCUAUUGAGGAGAAAUUGAAGACGGCUCAGACUUUGCGAGAUGAGAAUAUUAAAAAGAUGCUGGAACGUCUUAAGGAGCAUAACACAAAUAAGAAAAAUCAAAUCGACCAAUUGGAAACACAAAAACUUGAGGAGAAGACCCGCAUUAUUGAAAAUAAAUUAUACACCGCCGAGCAAAAUCGCGAGAAGGAGUUACAAAAGAAAAUUGAGAAAGUUCAAAAACUUGAACGUCGCGCUGAAGUGGUGCGUCAAAAUAAGGCGGCCCAGCAACCGAUUUGUGAUGAAAACAACACAGCUAUCGCCUCAUCUGGUUAGAGCGUCAAACUAUAGCAACAACAAGAAAAAGAGAUAGCAACACAACAACAAUAAUAUUUAUAAAAACUAACACUGCACACCACAUACAUAGAAACAACAACAAAGACGACCAGAUUAAGCGCUAAAUAAAAUGAUAUAACAGCAACAACAGGAGCUUUGCCGUGUGAAUACAAAACAAC